AUGGUGACCAAGGGCUGGGGCAGGAGAGAGAGGGUGCCCAUAAGGCCUUUUGUCUUAGGAUGGGAUGGCCCAAGAGGCCUGGGCUUCUCAUGUGACAGAGAAAAGUGUGAUGGUGCACGCUGGCUCUCCAGCUGGGACUGCUGCCAGAGGCUCUCUGGAGGCGGCGACAUUCUUCUCAGGUGCCAUUCCCAAGCCCAUGAUGACUACGGAGAGUUUGGGACAGAUCAUGUGAAGGUGGGCUCCCAACCCAGUGCACAUAGCACCAAGUGUUCCAAGGCCUCCCUGCCCAGCGGGGGCCGCUCAGAGCCCCAGCACCCAACAAACCGCUCCAUGAGUGGCUGCCCCAACUGCGUGUGGGUGGAGUACUCAGAGGUGCUGCUGCAGCACUACCAGGAUGGCCACAAACUGGCCCUGGCUGCCCUGGAGAGGCAUGUGGUGGACAAGAACAUCAAGGCCUUCCUCAGGAUGGAGAUCCUGCUCCGGACGAGGCAGAGAGCCUGA